GCGUAAUUCCACGGCGCCGCAAUGGCGGCAUCCAGGCCAUGGUCGGUGCGCCUUGACACAUCUCGCAUGGAAGCGGCGAGGUGUUGCUGAAGUCAUGUCUUUCAAAGUCACACCGACCAGGUCCUUCAUCCAAGGGUAUGACCGGGGUUUCAUUUCCGUGCACAGGGAACUGCUCAAUUGGACAUGGACCCAUUGCUGCCACCUUCAACGUUAUCGAUCACUUUCAACUCGUCGAGAGUUUGAAGAGGUCAUGCACCCCGUCGUGCCAGCCAAACAAACGAACCAUGGCCGCGACUGUAGGCAGCCUGGAAGAUGCCAUCAAAUCCGCGGAUUGCGCGGUCUUGGCGUUGCGAGCGUGCAGUGAUGUGCAUGACGCGCAACUUGAUUUUCUGCUAUCUGUCGAGCGAGGCACUGCGUCGGCCGCCUCGAGCAUUGAGUUCCCAAACGUGAUGGAGUCGCCCAAGGAAUGCCGUCCACAACUCGGCCUGGAAUCCGAACGCAGAUGGAGCUCUUUUGAUGGGGAGCGUCAAGCGCAAGUGUGUGCUGUCGCAGCCUUGGCGCGCCUUCGAGCCACGAAUCAGCGUCCGCAACCUGGAUUCAUCCAUUCGGACAUUCGUCCUCCUGGCGUUUGGUCAGAUGCCGUCAGCACACCCUUCCCUCCACCACUCGCCGAGGCUUCGGCUUCUUUAUCAAGAGGACACGUCAACUGUUCAACAGGUCCGUCACUCGUGGAACUUUGGAUCGGAUGAAGAUCCAAACGAGAGGCGUCAUCGCUGACUAGUGAGCGUGGGUAGCCCCUGGAGUGGGUGGUGCGCACAGGCUCGUAUAACUCGCGUGGUGCAGCUGGUGUGCCAGUUGAAGUGCCGACCGUCGGCCAUGCGAGAGAAUGCGGUCGGCGACGCACCACAACGUGCUGUUACGGUGUUCUUAGCACUAGACAGGGGUCCUACAACGGGAUGGCCGACUCGCAGCCUUACUGUUUGUCACCGGCACCCUCAGCCACUCCACGGCAGGGCUCCAGGCGGAGCAGUCUAAGUUUGGGCCCUUGUUUCGCUCAUGGCGAGGCAUGGCUGGGAUGACGGCGGUCGCACCGGCGAUAAACUCUUUCGGCGGGAAGACGCCCGCGAGGACCUCUACAUAAUUCAGCAUCGAUAUGAUCAAGUUGGGUGUGCUACGCGCUGUCCCAUGCCGCCUGGUGCUGCAAUGUGAGGUUUGGCAUCCGCGCGGACUUGA